ACGGAGCGGGAUUUCAAGACAGCUGAGUUUGGGGUCCUUGAACAGAAGCUAGCGCAAAUGUCUGGUCAAGGCGAUGUGGCAACUGAGAAGCUGAGAGUCAUAGGUACAGAAUUGAGAUGGGCUAGCAGCCAGUUUAAUGAACUUUACAAACAAAUGGAGAAUCUGGAUACAGGACUGUGCGCAAUAGCCCUUCAAUCAGACGCGACCAACCGAGAGGUGAGCCCACCAAACCGGCGCUAG